AUGGCUGGUAUUAAAUCUCUGGCAGUCAGAGGCAUAAGAAGUUUUGGACCAGAGGAUAGUGAUGAACAAAGGAUAUCAUUCGAGAAACCUUUAACGUUGAUUUUAGGACAAAACGGCUGUGGAAAAACAACUAUAAUCGAAUGUGUACGUUACGCUUUGACGGGGCAAAUGCCUCCGGGGAGUCGAAAUGAAUGUUUUGUUCACGAUGCUAAAGUCAACAGGUCAACAGAAGUGUUAGCACAAGUAAAACUUAAGAUUGUAAAUGCUAAGGAUGAACAACUUGAAAUUGCAAGAUCUAUGAGAGUAACCGCAUUACAAAAGAAAAAAAGCAAAUUCCAGACACUUGAUUCAUUUUUGUCACUAAUUGAUGAGAAAGGAAAAACAAAAGAUAUCUCCUCAAGAUGUGCUGAUUUAGAUUCUAUGAUGUACGAACAAUUAGGAGUGUCAAAAGCAAUUAUGAAUUCAGUGAUAUUUUGUCAUCAAGAAGAUUCUAGCUGGCCUCUAGAUGAAGGGAAAAAAGUGAAAGAACGUUUUGAUGAAAUAUUUGAAGCAGACAAAUACAGUGACUGUUUUGAUCGACUAAGAAAAAUAAAGAAGGAAUAUGAAAAUGAAAUAAAAGUUUUAGCGGAGAAGGUAGCUCACUUAACAGACAAAAAACAAAACUUGGAUAAAAAAAAGUUAGAUGUUGUUAAUACCGAAAGCCAGAUAUCUGAAGCGGAGAUCAAGGUGGCUGAAUUAGAACAAGAAAUAAAACCUUUAACCGAGAAAAUUAAAGCUAUUGAGACAUUACAAAAAAAUUUAGUGGCGAUAGAAUCGAAACGAGAAAAAAUAAAGACUAGGCUAGAACAUUUCACAACUCAAGAGCAGGAGCUAAAAAGUGCUAUUACUAGUUUAUUUGAGGGAUCACAAACAGAAUUAGAGGAAAAUAUCACCAACUAUGCAACAACAGCUAAAGCCAAGCAAAAGGACCUUGAUGAUUCAUACAAGAAAAAUUUUACAUUCAAUAAAGAAGAAGAAAAGAUUGCUAAUGAGAAAACAUCUAAUGAAGUGAAAUUCAAUAAAUUAAUAAUGUUGGAAAGUCAAAACCAAGAAAAAAUUGAGAAAAAGAAUUUAAUGAUAGCAGAUACUGCAAAACUUGCUGAAAUCGAAGUGGAAAAAAUUGAAACUGAUGAAGAAGCAGAGACAGUGGAAAAAGCUAUAACUGAGAAAAUCAAAAGUCUGCAAAGUGGCCUUAAUGAGCAAAAAGCCCAAGCAGACAGUGAAGAGGAAAAAUUGCUAGCGGAUGUGAAUACUUGUCGUGAUGCAUUGUCACGUCACAAACAAAAAAUUUCUAACAAGGAGUCAGAAAUACAAAGUAUAAAAAAGGAAACCACUAAAAUAGAAAAAGAAAUUAAUGAUACAAACAAGUCCAAAGUGCGAUUGGAAUUUUUAGAGAAAAAAAUGAACACAGCUGAAGAGGAUUACCAACAAGUUCUAAAUGAAUUGAAUCCUGAGGAGUGCCAGAAAAAAAUCAAUGAAAAUGAAGCUGAUAUGGAGAAAAAGGAGCAUGACCUUGAAGAACUCAAUGAAAAGAUCACAAAACUACAAAAGCAAACUGCAAAACUAAAGGAGAGGGAUAUGAUUGAAGACUCUCUGAAACAGAAGGAGAAGCAGAUGAAUGUUCUGAAAAACAAGCACAGAACAACAUUAACAGAGUUGCUUGGUGAGAUGCCAGAUAAGAAUUUCGCUAUGGCUGUUAACAAAUUGGAAUGCGAAUUGCGCACCGAGGUUGACGGUGUUAAAAAGAAAUUAAAAGAAAAUCAUACGAAGUUGACUAGUUUGGAGACAGAGCGGAAACACGUCCGCGAAUUGUUGAAUGAACGCCGCAGUGAGCUUACUAAGGCUGAGGAUCAAAUGUUUAAAGCAUGCGGCACACAGUCCUAUGAAGCAACAUUAUCGAAAUUAAACAGCACUGUGGAAAAAUUGCAGGAAGAACAAAAUAUGCUCCAGUCAUCUAUGUUCAUUUUUACUAAAUACAAAAAUCAGCUAAAAGACAAUAGUUGCUGCCCACUGUGUAAUCGAGGUUUUGAUUCAGAGUCCGAGGUUACAGAUUUAAUAUCGCAAUUAACAACUCAAGUGAUGAAUGUACCCGCUAAACAAGAAAAGGUAACUGAAGAACUACAAAGAGCGUCAGCAAAGAAAGACGAUUUGCUGAGUAUGAAAACUUUAAAUGAGAAGAUACAGACAUUAAAGGAAAAGGAUAUACCGACACUUGAAAAUCGGUUGAGUGACGUUGAUAAGCAAAUAGCAACAUUGAUUGAAUCAUCAGAAGAAUUAUCAAUGUCUGUCAUGGAGCCGGAGCAGAAGCUACAAAAUGCGAGGCAAAUACAAAGUGAUAUGCCGCUCCUAGACCGAUUCACAAACGAAGUCAGUGCUGCAACUAAAGACCUGGAAAAAAUUCAAGCUGAGUGUUCUAACAUGGAAAUGGAUAUCAACCUAGACGAGGCAACAGCAAAGAAGAAUGAGUUAAGGCAACAAAUUUCUUCAUUGAGGUCUAGUAUUAAGACUGCCCAAACAAAACUCAAUCAACAUACCAAAAAGUUGCAGACAAUGGCCGAAAAGAAGAACAAACUUAAAGAAGAACUACUUAAUGUGCAGAAGAAGGUUCAAGAAUUGGUCAACUUACAAGAAACCCAGAAACAAUUAGAGUCAAACAGGGAGAAAGCUUUAGUUGAAUUAAAGGAGUUACAAGAUUCCAUUGCGCCUUUAGAAUUAGAAGUUAAAGAAAAAGAGAAAGUGAAAAGUGAAUGUGUGAAAAAGAAUAGGAGUGCGAUCGACGUUAAAAAUGAGUACAUAAUGAAAAUCAAAAAUGCUUUUGAUAAAGUCAAAACAAUCAAAAUGGAGAUUAAACAACAUAAAGAGCGCAAUGUCCAGUUGGAAAUGGAUAAAAUUAAGGAAGCUAAUGAGAAACUUAUGGAAAAACAAAAGCAAAUUAUGAUCGAUAGGGACACACUCACAAAAAAAAUUGAUAGCUUAAAGGAUGAACUUGCAAAACAGGACAUCUACAAACGUAACUUGGAAGAUAAUUUAAAACUACGUAAAGCUCAGACUGAGAUAGCUAAUUGCGAGAAGGAAUUGGCGGCUCUCAAUGAAAAACUGAGUGGCGUGAACAUGGAAAUGAUUGCGGAGAAGGAGCCGCUCAUGGCUAAACAUGAAGAAAUAUUCAAGGAUAAAUUACAGACUGAAGGUCUACUCCGCGGAUAUAAGGACAGGUUAAAACAAUGUAAAGCUGAACUAAAAAAAGCAAUGAGCGAGGGUAUAGAAAAACAGUACAGAGAGAAAUAUUAUGAUUUGCACGUCAUGAGAGCUGUUGAAAAAGAUAUAAAGGAUUAUUCUGUUGCCUUGGAGAAGUGCCUUAUGGAGUUCCACAGAGAGAAAAUGGAAAAUAUUAACUUAAUUAUAAGAGAAAUGUGGAGAAAAAUAUAUCGAGGGAAUGAUAUAGAUUAUAUUGAAAUUAAAACUGAGGGAAAUGCAACAGUUGAUUCUGAUCGACGAAAAUAUGAUUACAGAGUAGUCCAGUGUAAAAAUGGCGUCGAGAUCGAUAUGCGGGGCCGGUGCAGCGCCGGUCAAAAAGUUCUAGCUUGCCUCAUAAUAAGAUUGGCACUUGCAGAGACCUUCAGUACUAGGUUUGGCAUUUUAGCUUUAGAUGAACCAACAACCAACUUAGACCAAGAAAACGUUAAGAGUCUAUGCUCGGUUCUCGGCGAAAUAGUUCAAGAGAGAAUGGUGCAAAGAAAUUUCAUGUUUAUUAUUAUCACCCAUGACAAAGAGUUCAUUGAAUCUUUGGGAAAUAUUGAUAAAGUCACCCACUACUAUGAAGUAUCCAGAAAUGAAGAGGGAAAGUCGAGGAUCAAAAAAAUUAGGUUUACCUAA